UACACGCCGCUUUCUCUCGCACCAUUUCAUUGGCUGGCGAAGCAAAUACAGUCUUUGCCUCCGAACGACAAGUUAUAAAAAAAAAAACAACAAUCAACACUUCACAGAAGUCGCGCAGGGUUGAACGAUGGGUCGAGAAAAGGUGAAAAAUGCCUCUGUUUGUUUGGCUGCAGUCGUUAUUCUGAUGUGUUACUGGGUGGGAACUGCAGACUGCCUUCGACUGAGGAAAUCUCAGAGACGAGUCGUGCAGAGAGAAACUGCCUUUCCUCCCUCAAGUCGAGUUCAAGAAGGAGAGGUCGUGUUUGGGAGGGUUUUUGAGGUCCCACAUGGACGCAAACAGCAAAACGCCUCAGUGGAUGAUGAAACUGAUUAUCAAGCAGAUUUUACUGGCUGGUCUCAGCAGGCUGACAUGGACGAGACCUCCAAGGUGAAAUGGAAUCCCUUGGCAACCUCUCUGCAUUGUUUUGGUGACCACAUGAAGUUCAGGUCACUCGGACCAGGAGCUUCACAGCUUGCAGUGGAGCGAGCACAUGAGCCCCCGAUGCCUCUUUCCAUGGUGCCUCCAAAAUGUGGCUACAGAACGCAUGGGAACUCGAUGGCGUUUGUUCUGAUGGCUCCGUAUCAUGGCUGCAACAUGAUUCAACAGGGAGGAAAUUACAUGCUACCACUACUCUGGCAAGGCCAUCCUCUGUCUCUGUUAUGUCCCAAACGUGCAAGAACGAAGGUUCCCCAGAUGGCGCAGGUUCCCCAGAUGGCGCAGGUUCCCCAGAUGGCGCAGGUUCCCCAGAUGGCGCAGGUUCCCCAGAUGGCGCAGGUUCCCCAGAUGGCGCAGGUUCCCCAGAUGGCGCAGGUUCCCCAGAUGGCGCAGGUUCCCCAGAUGGCGCAGGUUCCCCAGAUGCAGAGCUGGCCUUACUUUGACUUUUAUUCUCAUCUCAUCCCUGCGCUGCCUGAACCUGCAAAACCUCUGCCACAACUUCCCUUCCACCUGUACUGGCACCCUUUCCCACCUCAGACAACUGCCCCACCACCUACCACAUCAGUACCUAAAAUCUUAUAUCCUCACAUUCCCUUUCCACCGUAUUUCCCCGUCCCAUACUGGCUUCAGUUUCCAGAAUCUUCUCCCUUCUUGCCUUAUCCAACUGAAAAACCUCCAAAGUCUCCAACUUCAGGACAGAAGACAACACCAGUUUCAUCUAAAACUACAGAGUCUCCUGCACCUACCCAGGGUCCUUCUGAUGCCCCUGCACAGUUGUAUCCCAUCGAGUACCUACCUGUUGUUCCAAAUGAAAAUUUUCCACACAUGUUUUAUUCUCAUAAAGGCUAGUGUGAAGCUUUAAAAUAAAUUUUUGAAAACGA